CUCCUCUCAAAUAAGUUCAGAAAAGAAAGACCAAGCCAAACCUAGGGGUUUUAGGUGCAGCUUCUGUCCUAAGUAGUUUUCUAUGUUUCAAGCCCUCGGAGGUCAUCAGAACGCACAUAAAGAGGAGCGUGCACCGGAAAAACAAGAUAAAGAUCUCGAUCUAAGAGGGCUCGUGCACCAGCCACAUCCUCACUAUUCUUAUUCAAGUUUGUACCUUCGACCUCACCUUUAUAGGUCUUAUAGUGGGGCAUUAGGGCUAAUUGAUCCUACGAUCCAGAAUCCUCUCCCUGUGGCUUACCCGUUAAAAUCUGUAAGGCCUCGCUACAGCCAGGCUAGUGGAAUCAUGAUAGACAAUUUCUAAACUAAUCGGAGUGCUGGUUUUCCGAUGAGAAUGGAGGGUUCGAGUGUUUCAACGUCAAGUAGGACAACCAGCAAUUCUCUUGAUCAUUUGCCUCAGAAGAAAAAGGAUCAACAUGAUUAUACCGACGAUUCAGAACUUGAUCUAUCGCUCAAACUCUAAUUAAACUAUGAUUAUCAUUGGAAGUUAAUUUGCUGAGAUUUUCUUCUUUAGUAAUUCUAAAUAUCUUGUGGUCUUUAUGUUAAUAUAUAAUUUCAAUUGUU